AUGGCAGAACUAGUCAAACAGAAGAGACGGAACAGCAUGAGCUUUGGCCAUGUAUUUCAAAACAUGUUCCACUCGAAAUCAAGCCCCAGUCUUUUUAGAUUGAGUGGUAGUUCUAGUGAGAAUUGUUUUGAGAGCUAUGGAAGCUCAUAUUCGUUUUCGGCAACCACUCCAUCCACAGCGGUCGCAAAUGACGACAAUUGCAAAAAACAAAGAAAAAGAGAUGUAAUCAAAAAAAGAAUCAGUAAAAUAUGGAGGCUUCCCUCAAGAACUAAAGAGGAAAUAAGCAUAGAUUCAGGGUUCCUGUCAAACUCAAGUUUCGUAUCUGAGAAUCUAAACGCUCAUGAAAAUCUGUCCUUUGAACAUCCGCUACUACUAUAUCCUAAUGAAAAGGAUACGAGAGCGCAAGGAUUUCACUUUUUCCCGCUCAAGACAGAUGAUAAGACCUUUUUAUGGGAUAUGGAUUUCUCAACUACUGAUCUGUCUAGGGUAGAGGAAGAUUCUGAUUUGGUAGAUUUUAAACUAAGUGUUAGUUAUGAAAAUAGAGAACACAGCGCGUUAUUCCGAUCCCUUCAGGCCCCAUUCUUCAAAUUGACUACGGGGCUAGUAAAUUUCUCUCACGAGGCUACUAAAUCUAGAAGCUUUGUGCACACACCAAAUGACAGUACUAUUUGGCCAAUUAUGAAAAAUGAUACAGAAUUUGAUCCAUUUCUAGGUGCGAAAUUUUAUCUGGACCUAAAACAAAGGCUAGUUAAGAUAAGACAAGAAAACAAUCCUUUAUCAAGGAGCUCAGACUUUUGA